AGACAAAUUACAUUUGUUCCCAGUUUUGAAUAAGUCGGCAUCCCUGUUACCCAUAGCUUUUAUUAUGGCAUGUUUUAGUCAUUAUUAUUAAAUUUAUUUUUAUUUUCUGUAGCCAAAUAACCCCGUACAGCAAUUUAAACUGUACUGACACAUCCCAAAUUUAGGUGUAAAAACGUCAUAUAAAAUAAAUUGAAAACAAUUUUUUUUUUUUUAAAUAUUUUAUGUCGCCUUUUUCACUGUUUGUGAAUUGUUUUGUGUUGCAAAAUAGUUUUAAUGAUUAAAUGUGACAAAUAUCAUGAAAAAGUGCACAAGUGGCAGGACUGCUUUUAUGAUAAUCGCAUAUUAUUUUCUGUAUAUGCAGCUUUUUGAAGCUCAAAAGGUCAUUGUUUUUCAAUGGAAAAGAGUGACCAAAAUAUCUUCUUUUUUGUUCCACAGAAGAAAGAAAGUCAACAGGUUUAGAGUGAUAAGAACGAGUAAAUGAUGAACUAAUUAUUAACAACAGGGACGAAAACUAAAAUCCUAUAACUGCAUAAUUUAUUCAUGCUGUGAUGCAUGCUGGGAGCUCACGAACCCUGAACAAAUCAGCACCAUUCUUCCACACGAGCGUGUUUGUCAGACAGUGUCUGGAGGAGUGUGAGUUUGAGUAGAUUCAGUGUAACUCCGGACAGAACAUCCGGUCUUUUCCCCAGACCGAGUGGCUGUGAAUUCUUCAGGAGUUUGUGGACUUCCUCUGCACCCUCUAGUGUUGGACUCACAGAUUUGGUCUCAUCUGUAUUCACUGAAUGCAGACGGUCCUCAUUUUGACAAAACGGAAAGCACGACCUUUUCUAAACAAACACCUAUAGACAAACACACAUUGUGAGUGAUUAUAAUGUUUCAGCUCAUCGGUCUGUCAGUCCUCCACACUUCUGUGUUGCUGUUUGCCAAUUUAAAAUGGAUGCAAAGCCAGUUCCUCCUCACAGGGUCGAUGGCCCGGAUCUCCGUUAUGCGCCCACGGCGCUCAGACUGACAUCUGGCCUUACGGUACGACGUUCAUGAUGGAUGUCAGUUGAGUUUGGUGGGAUUGAGACACUUCGUGUGAGUUGUGAAAGCCGAGCAGUUUGCUCUCCUGUGCACUCUUUCCUCUUGGAGUGGCCAUCGAGCUAUGUCACAUUUUCAGCUUUCUCAGGUGAAGACUCAUGCGGAGGCUCUCUGGAUGAAGCGCUUCCAUGCGGCUGCUGAGGAGAACCGAGGUCUGGUGGUGAGGGAUGAGCUGGCUCAGACGUAUGGAGACUCUCAGGCUUCCAGUCCAGAAGACCCGGUCCGCUCGGACCGAUCCCGUGAGGACGGCGCUCCCGGCACACGGCCCAGAAUCACUACUUGGGAAGCGGGAUGGAAUGUCACCAGUGCCAUACAGGGUAUGUUUGUGCUGGGUCUGCCCUACGCCCUUCUGCGGAGCGGGUACGUGGGUCUGCUGCUGCUGGUGUCAGCCGCGCUCAUCUGCAGCUACACCGGAAAGAUCCUGGUGUCCUGCCUGUACGAAGAGGACGAGACAGGCCACUCGGUCCGCGUCAGACACACCUACGAGGACGUCGCUAACGCCUGCUGCAGACGCAUCUGCCCUUACAUCGGGGGCAAGGUUGUGAACGCCACACAGGUAGUGGAACUGGUGAUGACCUGCAUCCUAUACUUGAUUGUCAGCAGCAACCUGAUGUGUCACAGCCUGUUCUUCCUGCCUCUGACCCCGGCGACCUGCUCCACCAUCACCUUCCUCAUCCUGGUGCCCUGCAUGCUGAUCCGUGACCUGAGAGUGGUGUCGCGCCUGAGCCUCUUCUGCUCACUGGCUCAGUUCCUCAUCACCUUCAUCGUGAUUGGCUACUGUCUCCGUCAGUCGCCGCAGUGGGCCAGUAGGAGACUGAGUGCCGUGAAGGUGGACUUUGAUGGCUUCCAGGUUGCGGUGGGGGUGAUUAUCUUUAGCUACACAUCACAGAUCUAUCUGCCCACGUUGGAGGAGAGCAUGACAGACAGGUUGGACUUCGACAGCAUGAUGAACUGGACUCACGCUCUGGCCUGUGUGCUGAAGACAGCGUUCUCCGUGACGGCCUUCCUCACGUGGGGAGAGGACACCAAAGAGGUGAUAACAGAUAACCUGCCCACAGCGUUGCGUGUCGUGGUGAACCUGUGUCUGUUGGCGAAGGCUCUGCUCUCGUACCCUCUGCCGUUCUACGCCGCGGCAGAGAUCCUGCAGACCGGCGUCCUGAAGCUGGACUCAUCCGCAGACGGGGCGGAGCGGUGGACGCUGCUCCUGCGCGGCUCUCUCCUCCUCCUCACCCUCAUCAUGGCGCUGUACGUGCCUCAUUUCUCUCUCCUCAUGGGCCUGACGGGCAGCGUGACCGGGGCAGCCAUGACGCUCCUGCUCCCGGCGCUUUUCCACCUGCAGCUGAAAUGGACUGAGCUGGACAUGAGCCGGAGGCUGGCGGACCUGCUGAUUUUACUGCUGGGCUGUUUCUGCAGCGUCUCUGGGGUUAUAUGCUCCAUCAAAGGAAUGGUGACAGCCUUCGAGGACAAAUAGAUGACACGUAAUCCUGUGUGUCUGUAGUUACGUUUGCUCUGGUUGUUAAUAAAGUUAAACGGAGCCGAGUCUGGAGGUUAAUGAGCCUGCUUUGCUUCCUUCCACAAAUCUGACUG